AGAAGCGAACCCAGUUCAUCAGGUAUUUAAAGGAAAGUUAUGUUAACUGAAGUCACAUUCCUUUUUCAACCAUUACUCAGUUGAUGUUUUUAGAUUUUAUCCUUGUAUUCAAAAUGGCUGACAAAGAACAAGCAAAAUCGAUUGAAGACCCGAUGGAGGCUGACCUUCCUUGUACUGAACUACCGGAAGGGGCUUCAGGUGGAAGUGAAGACAAUGGCAGGGAGGAGGGAGGUACUGGAUCUCCUGCAAACGUGAAGAACGUAAAACAAGUCAAAAGGUCUAUCAGUACAUCGCCAAAAACUAAGGACGAAUCUGAUGCUGUCGAAUAUGAAGGUUUGAAGGCUUUCAAAUCGGUCAAGUCUUCUCCGUCGCCUUCAAAGAAAGGAAUUAAAGACAGGUUCAAAAAAAUGUUCUCCCCUUCGAAGGGAAAAGACUCCACUGAUGAAAAGGCUAGUUUCAAAAAAAUGUUCUCCCCUUCGAAGGGAAAAGUCUACACUGAUGAAAAGGAUAAUCUUUGUGAGGCAGAGGCAACUGAACAUCCUAAAUGGCUAUCGACUCCAAAAGAGAAGGAUAUGGGCGUUACCAGGGCUACGCGUAUAGCGGAGGCUAAGGCAGCAGCAGCAAAAUGGGUUUCGCACGAUAAAAGUUCGUCUGUUGAAUCUGGACUAUCUGGCUGUUCGAGUCUUCCGGAUGAUGACCGUGAGUCCGGAGUUUCAUCUCCCUCACUUGAAGAUGACAAACCAAAGAAAUAAACUUUGAAAAGAUUGAACUGUCUUUAAAAUGGAUAGAAUGAGGAUUAAUGGUUCAAUUUCUCGACAAAACAAAUCUGUGUGAUCAAAGUGUUUUUAAGAUUUUUAUGCAUAUUUAUAAUUUACCAAUGUUAAAUAAUUAUUUAAUCAAUAAACGUCGCUUGUUUUGUUCUAGUA